AUGGUACAAUGUACUCAACCUCCUCCCCAGUUAAAGCUCCCAGAGAGUAAGAUCACAGAACUGACAGAUGAUGAGAACCAUGAUUCGCCGCCAAAACCUGAGAAAAGGACAAGGAUGCACCACAUUGAGAGGCACAGAUCUUGUGUUGUGACCUUAUCUGACAUAGAACUUAAUGGUCUGCAACCUCGUCGUCUGCUCCAGACCAUUGAGAAAAGCCUAGGAGGAGGAUCACAGUGUUCGCUCCAUGAAGAAGCACCUACAGAUGCUAAUGCAUCACACAGGCAUGCGAUUGCAGAUGCUGCUUGGGAAGCCCUCAAAAGGUCAAUAGUUUACUUCAGAGGCCAGCCAAUUGGGACUGUUGCCGCAAUAGACAAGUCUCAGGGGGCAGCACUCAACUACGACCAGGUUUUCAUGAGGGAUUUCAUUCCUAGCGCAUUGGCUUUUCUUAUGAAGGGAGAACACUUGAUAGUGAAGAAUUUUCUGGUAGAAAUUGCACGCCUUCAAUCAAGGGAGAAGAUGGUUGACCUUUUCAAGCUUGGUCAGGGUGUGAUGCCUGCAAGCUUUAAGGUGCAUCAUCGCAACCCUACCCAGAAGACAGAAAGCUUACUGGCUGAUUUUGGUGAAACUGCCAUUGGGAGGGUUGCUCCUGUAGAUUCUGGCCUAUGGUGGAUUAUUCUCCUUCGUGCUUACACCAAAUGGACAGGGGACAAUUCUCUGGCUGAAAGUCCUAACUGCCAAAGGGCCAUGCACCUUAUUCUCAGGUUGUGUCUCUCAGAGGGAUGUGAUACUUCUCCAGCCUUGCUUUGUGCUGAUGGGUGCUCCAUGAUAGACCGAAGAAUGGGCAUAUAUGGCUACCCAAUUGAAAUCCAGGCUCUCUUUUUCAUGGCUAUGAGAUGUGCCCUAAGCUUGUUGAAACAAGACUCUGAUGCUGACUUUGUGAACCACAUCACAAAACGAAUCCAAGCUUUGAGCUACCAUUUGCACAGUUACUACUGGUUAGACUUCCAAAGACUGAAUGACAUAUACCGCUACAAGACUGAAGAGUACUCACAGACAGCUUUGAACAAAUUCAAUGUGAUACCCGAAUCAAUACCUGAUUGGAUAUUUGACUUCAUGCCUAGCCGGGGUGGAUACUUCAUUGGCAAUGUUAGUCCUGCAAGGAUGGAUUUCCGCUGGUUUUGCUUGGGCAACUUCAUUGCAAUCCUGUCAUCAUUGGCGACCGGAGAGCAGGCUGAAGCAAUACUGGAUCUUGUGGAGGAGCGCUGGCAAGAACUCAUUGGUGAGAUGCCACUCAAGAUCUGUUACCCUGCAAUGGAAAAUCAGGAGUGGCAGAUAGUCACUGGAUGCGACCCGAAGAACACCAGGUGGAGCUACCACAACGGAGGCUCGUGGCCAGUGCUGCUGUGGCUGCUGGUGGCGGUGAGCGUGAAGCUGGGGCGCCCGCACCUGGCGCGGAGAGCCGUGGAGCUGAUGGAGCAGCGGCUGGCGAAGGAUGACUUCCCCGAGUACUACGACGGCAAGGUGGGGCGGUACGUGGGGAAGCAGGCGCGCAAGUUCCAGACAUGGUCGGUGGCCGGCUACCUGGUGGCCAAGAUGCUCCUGGACGACCCCUCCCACCUGCGGAUCGUGGCGCUGGAGGACGACAGCCACUCCCAGGCUCCCUUCCUCAAGCGCUCCAACUCGUGCCCAUGA